AUGGCCUCCGAGGACACUAAGCCCACCGAGGCUGUCGAGCAGAAGCAGCAGGAACCUACCAAGCCUGCCCUGGGGGAAGACGACGAGUUUGAAGACUUUCCCGUUGAUGACUGGCCAGAGGACCAGACCGAGGCGGCCGCACAGCAAGACGGCGACGAGAGCAAGCACCUCUGGGACGAAAGCUGGGAUGAUGAUGACACCAAUGACGACUUUUCCAAUCAACUCAGGUACAGACACUCUUUCAAAUGCUCUUCAUACGAACCGUCGUUAUAG